AUGGAGGGGAUAGAAGAGAAAUGGAGGCAGCUAAGGCUGACUGAAGAGGAGGACGCUAUCUUAGAGGUUCCCUCUAGGUGCGGGGAGGAGAUUAAGAGAAAGGGAGAAAGAAGUUUGAUCGGAAAAGUCUGCUCAGAUCGGUUGAUCAAUAUGGAAGCUGUAGAAAGCACAAUGGCAAGGAUAUGGAGAAUAAGCAAACGAGCUACUUUCAAAGAAGUGGAGGCAAACGUCUUCGUGAUUACUUUUGCGACUCAAGCAGAUAAACAUCGGAUUCUCGAAGGAAAACAGUGGUUGUUCGAAAAUGCCUUGUUUUUACUGAUUCAUUAUGAUGGGGUCCUUCAACCAGGUAAGUUUCCUGUGGACCACGAAUCCUUUUGGUUGCAAAUCCACAGCUUGCCAUUAGGGUGUAUGACGGAAGAGUGUGGGCAACAGAUUGGUAGCUCAGUUGGGAAGGUUUUAGAGGUGGAUGUUGGAGAAGACGGCAUAGGAUGGGGAAAGGCUCCUCGAGUAAGGGUGGAAGUACCACUGACUAAAGCCAUAGUGAGGGGCCGUUUCAUCAAUGUUCAGGGCCAAAAGGUGUGGGUCACUUUCAAGUACGAAAAGUUGCCAAAAAUAUGCUUUAGUUGUGGGUGGAUAUUACAUGGUGAGACGGGAUGUUUAUCGAGAAAGGGAGAUCAAAGCGAGACAGACGAAAAUAGCAGACAGUUCGGGCCAUGGUUGAGAGCUGAAAGCAACAUUAGAAGAAGGUACUCAUCCUAUACUUCUGAAUGGAGAGGAAGCAAGGAAGGAGGCACAAGAGCUUUGGGGAGCAGGCAGAAGGGAGAAGAAGCAGAGGGGUCCGCUGGGAACUCAGCUCAGGGAGGGACACCGAGUACAGCUGAUCAGGGGCAGUCUACUGUAUACGUUCAGGAUCCCAAGGAUGGAGUGGGCGCAAAUUGA